GAAGGCGAGUGAAAGCCGCGGGGCGGGCAGCGAUGUUGUGAAUUAUUUCGCAGCUGGAACCUUUAAAUUCGAGUUUAAACCGAUUUUGCCAACUAGUUUAUAAAAGGAGGGAGCGAGUGCCUUUAAUUGCCGGCGGCUGUUUGACUGUGGAAGGCAUCACCUGGGGGUUACAGUGAGAGAGCGCGAGCGCGCGCUUCCUGAAUAAAAGGUUUUGAAGUUACAAUGAAUUUGGAGUCAUUCACAAAUCAUUCGAAAAUUGGUUAAGUGAGAUAAGUCUUCCCUCUCUUUGGAAUGGAAAGAUGAGCGAGAACAGAAAGUCAACUGUAAAUUGAAUUCAAGCACCCUUCAUCUGUGUCUUCAGUCCAUCCCCUGAAAACAGAUACAACGUAACUUGGAUUUGAAGAUGAAUAUUCUGGUGAUAAAGGUCUUCUGCAUGGCUGGGGUUUUCAUCCUAAUGAUGUUGGGCUCACUAUUGCCCGUUCGAAUGAUCCAAAUUGACUAUGAAAAGUCGCACAAGUCCAAGAAAGUGCUGUCACUUUGCAGUUCGUUUGGUGGUGGAGUGUUUCUGGCAACCUGCUUCAAUGCUCUGUUGCCAGUUGUAAGGGAAAAGGUUCAAGAGGUUCUUAAAAGUGGAAACAUCUCAAGUGACUAUCCACUGGGCGAGACAACGAUGAUGGUGGGGUUUUUUCUGACGCUAUUUGUUGAGCAAUUGAUUCUGACAUUUCGAAAGGAGAGAACAUCCUUCAUCGACUUGGAAACGUUCAAUGCAGGGUCAGAAGGGGGUAGUGAUUCUGAGUAUGAGAGCCCCUUCAUUUCACCAGGACGAGGUCAAAGCAAUCUGUACAGCCGCAGUUAUCACUCUCAUAGCCAUUCUCUCAACUUGUCUGACCUGCCACAUUCCAGCCCAUUGCGAUUAUUCAGCCUCGUGUUUGCCCUGUCUGCCCACUCUGUGUUCGAAGGUUUGGCCCUGGGCUUGCAGGAGAAAGGAGGAAAGAUUAUCAAUUUGUUCAUUGGAGUAGCAGUCCACGAGACACUGGCUGCUGUGGCACUGGGAGUGAGCAUGGCAAAAGGAGGCAUGCUGAUGAAAGAUGCACUGAAGUUAGCACUAAUGGUCAGCGUGAUGAUACCAGCUGGGAUAGGCAUUGGGAUGGGUAUUCAGAGUGCUGACAGUCUCGGCAGUCACAUCGCAUCAGUCGUGCUGCAGGGUUUUGCGGCUGGUACAUUUCUGUUUGUCACUUUCUUUGAAAUUCUGGUGAAAGAAUUUGAAGACAAACAUGAUCGCCUUCUGAAAGUACUUUCUCUGAUCGUAGGUUACACACUACUGGCUGGGUUUGUCUUUCUAAAGUGGUAACAUUUUGCCUUGGUUCAGCUUGCACUUCAACUAAAGCACGUAACCUUCUCAGACAGUUUGAUUAGUAUCUCUGAUCGCAGUUUUGUUAUUUUCUAAUCUAUCAUUACAUCUGUGGGUACUAUAUCCAAUGUUGUCAUAAACCUGUAAUUGGUUUUAUGAUUGCUGCAAGUAUAUUCGUACAGGGUUGGUACUGGAUUACUUAGUUUAUUAAGUUACAGUAAGCAAAAAGUUUUUAUUUAAAAAAUACUAACUUAAAGCUUUCACUGUAAUAAUAUGCCGGUGUAUCUCAUGUGGCAUGCUUAAUUCAUCUGAAAUUAUUUUCAUCAGAGCGUCAACUUCAUGUAAUACAAGGGAGUAUCUGCCUGUUACAAUAAUUCAGUUCACAAGUCCAUAAAGUUUUAUUGAGAUCCUAGUGACAACAUUGCUGAAUAUGUUUACAUAUGUAUAUGUCUGCUGUAUGAUGUUUAAAUUAUUGUCAGGGAUUUUAAUGUUUGUGCGCUGAAUUCUUUCCAGACUGUAUAAAAUUUAUUUGUAAGCAUUUAACAAAUUUCAAGUUUGUGUUUUUGAUAGAAUGUGGUUUUACAGUUGAAUAUGUUAAUGUAUAUUUCCUUAAUACCAAAGGGGGUGCCAGUCUCAAAGGUGAAAAUGGACAGGGAUUAUUUAUUUUCCUUAUUGUGAUCUAUUCCCACAGCAAGAGGGUUGCAUCAUUUAGUUCAAACUUGUGUUAAGCUCGCAGAUGUCAGUCAGGCUGAUGGUAAAGAACUAACAAGGGGCCUGAACUAAGGCGUGGAGAAUUCGUCUCCUUUCUAACUCCUGAUCCCCACGCCUAUUGGAAAGCAUGUCUUUUUUUGGAAGUCAUGCAAGGACAGAAUUGGGUUGGAUUGUGAAUUUCCUGCAAUUUGUAGCCUGCUGAUACACAAUAAGCUUUGAGCAUAAAAAAAGAUGAGGUACCGAUUUGGUGACUGCAAAAUUGUGCCUUGGUAUUAGGAUGGUAAAAGGUUAGGUUGGACUGAGUGCAUGCAAGGAGAGCAGAACCUCCUACUUUUAUCCUAAUUGAACACUUGCUCAUUUAAGCAGCCAGUGUUAAUUACUUCACUAAGAAAAGCUGAGUGAAAUAAUGUACUGAAUUUAAAUGAAAUAAUGCGCUCCAGCCCUGGAUUAAUACACUGCUGUUAAAUGUGAUGUAGUGAACAAACCUUGCUUAACAUCAAAUUCAGUUCUGCUUGAUAAUGGUGCUUGAUGGUACAGUUGAACUAUUUAUCUACAUUGCAUUAAUUAAUCUCCCCUAGUUAAGGGACUGUAAUCAAAUUUGUUGCCACAGCACUGGAGACGGAGAACAGUCCACUUAAAUCUGAUAAGAAAAUCUUGCUGGUGACAUUAUAGAAACCUCUAUUCCCUUGAGGUCAGAAUCAAAUUCUGUUGAAUUGUGAUGUCUCCAGCGCUAGCAAAGGAUAGCCUGAUGAACUGUGUCAGAACAUAUGCAAAGCAGUCUUUUCGAGGUGAAGUACUGGAGAUUCCCAGUGUCUUUGCAAAGCAUGUAUCAACAGCCAGCAAAAUAAAUUGUUGCUUGUGACUCUUUCUUACUUGAUAACUGCUGAUGACUUUUCUUUCUAUAAACAAAAGGAGUUGAGCAGGAAAUAGUCAUGUCACGGCCGCCAGGAAUUCACAAAGCUCAGGAAGAACGGUUUCCUGUAGAUGGGAUUGGUAGAAGGUAUGUGAAGGAUAAUUGUCCUCUUGGGCUAAAAGCUAUUGUCUAAAUAACUCGUCAUUUGGUGAGUUUUGUUGUCUGUGAAUUCCUUAGACACCUUGGUUAAUGAUUUAGCAAUGGCUCCAUUUUCUACAUAGUGAGCCCAAGAAACUCUCACCUUACUGAAUUUCACUUCCUCCUCUAUCUCGCCUGAAGGCGUUGCGACUGGACCCCAGCCAGAGUCACUAGCCAUGCCAACUUGUACCUCACUCGAGAACUUCCUUCUUCUGAGAGUGUAGACAGUAUGUGAUGGUGGGCUAAUCUUCGUGAGCGACAGAAAGAAAGAUAAAUGUAUAUCACUUCCAAGUUUGAGUAUUGCAUAAAGUAAAUACAAUGCUGUUUGUCACAGAUGGUGUGAGGAACUAUAUCACUGUAAAUAUAUAAUGUAUUUUGCUCAAGUGUUUGUUUUGGUAGAACAUCUUUUAAAAUGAUGGGAACCCAGUCUCCUUUUAAGUGGAAUGAGUAUGGAAGAGGUAGAAGUGUGGAGCAGCAAGUUGCUUCAUUAAUAAUGUUUUGCAUCAACUAAAUUUUAAGCUGCUGGAGAAAUGUUAACCUAUCAUUCAAACAAUAUUGAAAUAUACUUACAAGACAGUCUUGCAAUUUAAAGUCAAUCAAAUGUAUGAAGCACUUCAGGAUUUUGAGACCUAAAUAAUGUGUGUCAACGCAAGAUUUCUUUGUUAUUAUCUGGGAAACUUUUAUUUGUUUUUGACAGAUUUCAUAUAUGUAUCUUUUUCUUUUAAUAUUGGUUUAACAGCAUCUUCAUGCCUCAAGUUGAAUUAUGUUUAUUUGUGAUUUGGAGAUGCCGGUGUUGGACUGGGGUGUACAAAGUUAAAAAUCACACAACACCAGGUUAUAGUCCAACAGGUUUAUUGGAAGCACACUAGCUUUCGGAGCGACGCUCCUUCAUCAGGUGAUAGUGGAGGGCUCGAUCGUAACACAGAAUUUAUAGCAAAAAUUUGCAGUGUGAUGUAACUGAAAUUAUACAUUGAAAAAUUGAUUGUCUGUUAAGCCUUUCAUCUGUUAGAAUACAGUGAUAGUUUCACUUCUUUCAUGUGUAAAUCACAAAACUUUUUUUUAAAAGUUGCAUUCUUGAGUUAGCUGUUAAUGAUGGUGAUAGCUAGACAAUAUUUUGAAGGUGUUAGCUCCCUGUUUUCUCUGUCUAUGACCUAAUGUUUAGAUUGAUUCUAAUCUAAAAAGUGGGAUAACAGAGUUUUACAUAAAUUCAUGCAGUUUUUGAGCUCAGAGUUCUACAUGAAUGUAUGCAGUUUUUGAGCAAAGUGCGAUGUAACUCUGCAAGUACAAAUUCACCCCACACAAAAUAUAUGUGUGCAUGUGGGUCUUUGUCUGUUUGUGUGUGUGUGUCUGGGGUGGGAGUUGUGUGUGUGCAGUGAGUACACAGUGUCUUAAGUCUGUGAGUGGUGUGUGUGUGUGUGUGUGUGUGUGUGUGUGUGUGUGUAGUGCAAUGGUGAUCACCUGUAAUGUGACAUGAACCCAAGGUCUUGGUUGAGGCCCUCCGUAUGGGUACCAAACAUUGUCACCUGAUGAAGGAGCAGCGCUCCGAAAGCUAGUGCUUCCAAACACACCUGUUGGACUAUAACCUGCUGUUGAUUUUUUUUAACUUUAUAGGUGUUGACACCUAUUUUGUUUAGUAUCAACUCUGCCUUUGUCUGUGCAACCAUCAGUCUGCUUUGUUUUGAAGUUUGUAUCCCAAUGUGGGUUGAAGAUUCUAUCUGGGCAUCAAGGUCCAGCGAUGUUUAAAUGCAGCGUUGUAGCAAUAAUAAAGGAAUGGCUGUGCCACCAGUGCACUGGGUAUGGAGUAAUUUUGCCUUUUUUUACUGGAUCAUUUAACCUCCAAAAACUGGCAGCUAAGUUUGGAUGGAAUGCUAACAUGUAAAAUAUUUGAAGCACCAGCACCCCAUACCCCCAACUUCCUGUUUUUAAUGGAAUUGAGUGAGUUGCGGGUUAUGGCAGAUUUUGAUGAGGGUUGGGAAGGAAACAGGCAACUAGCCAACUUCAGGUGACCGGUUGACAACUUAAAUAUGAUAAUGAAAUUAUGUACCUCAUUUUUGGCAGCACCUCCACCAACCAAUUGGCACCCAUGUCUCAAGGAUAAAUUAUUGUUCCCUUUAAUAUGUUGUAUUCUUGCAAUUCUGUCCUAUUGAAUGGAAGAUGAAGAGUUUCAACAGCAUAUUUAUUUUUGCAGUUGUACGCCAUUUUAAACUUAACUUGGGCCAUGCAUCAGGAAAACCAGCAACUCCAGACUCUUCUGAUUUCAGAUCAUCCCAUUCCUUAUUGCAGCUGGGAAUAGAAACAAAAACUGCUAGUCUGGUUCUGCCAUUAAGUUCAGCAGACCUAAUCAAGCUAUGUUCUUCCAAGGUUUUUUUGGUCUUAAAACUGCAUCUCUGCCCCCAUUGAUUAAAGAAAGGCAUUAAGAAAGUUCUAUCUGUGGCCAAUAUUUCCCAUGUUAAAGGUGAGGUUGGUGGGGAUAGUGGUUUAAGUGUAAUGUUACUGGCUUGGUAAACUAGAGACUUAGGCUGAUGCUCUGGAGGGAUAUGUUCAUACCUUACCAGCUGAUGGAAUUUAAAAAUUCAAUUAAUAAAGCUUGAAUUGAAAACUAUUCUUACAAGGUUAUCAUCAAUUGUUAUUUUAAAAAUGCAGUUUGCUUGCUAAUGCCCUUAAGGAACGGUGUCCUUAAGGAAAGGUGUCCUUACUUGAUCUGGCUGUGACUCAAAACCCACAACACUCCGUUUGACUUUUAAAUGCUCCAUGAAAUUGCCCAGUAAGGCAUUCAGUUCAAUGGCAAUUAGGGGUGAACAUUAAAUCCUGGCUGUUCCAACCAUACCUAUAUCUCAUGAAAGUAAAACAUAAAAACUUCAAACCCUUGAUCUCUUCAAACUGAACUUAUAAUUUUAAACAGUGUUUAUUUUGCUCUUUCUCUCCAUGUUAACUUUUUGCCAUUUGUCCUGCUCUUGUCCCAGAAUGUUACUGAUGCCAGCACUGCACUUGACGAUCCUCUGUUGGGAGUCACACGUGAAGUCUGUUAUUCAUAAUGUUGUCAGUUUUGUCUGGUUGCAGUUAGCUUUUCAGACUGUAAUAUAAAAAGAUAUAAAACUGUUUGAAAUAAUAAUUAGCAGUCCUGUGAUCUUUCAUUUGAACUGGUUUUGACUGGUGGUAUUACCUCUUUUUCUCCAUGAAUAGUGCUGUGUAUUUCCAAUACUUCCUUCAUUCUUAUUUCAGUUUCCAGCAUCCACAGCAUUUGCUUUCAAUGCAGAUGGCCGUGUCACAGUCCUUCCCAAGUGUCAUUCACUGGGUUUAAUUUGAUGCCAAUAAUCUGAAGGAAAAAUCACAGUAUUUUCAAAUUACACACCAAUAGGCUUCUCAAGGGAUAUUCUUAAUCAAUGUCUUUACCUUGCUCCAGCAUCAUCAGUUACUGACAUGCUACCAUCAACCCCUGUUUAAUAUCCUGUAUCACUGAGUUGCACAGUUUAGAAGGACAGUAUCUAUAAUUUCACAGUUUAGGUGGACAGGAUUUGAAAAUUUUAUGCAUCCAAUUUUACACUUUACUAAAAUUCUAGUCACUGUAAAGCCUGUUACUUUUCAACUUCAUGCAACCUGAAUUGCUUAUUUACAGCUGACAAAGUGCAACAUCAGUCUGUCAAACCAACAAAACAGAAAUUGCUGGAGAACGAAAAUUUCAGGUUUUCAGAUUCCCAGUUCUUCGUUGUAUAUCAGUCUAACAUUAAUCACUCCCAGUUUUUGGAUGUAGGCAGCUGAGUGUGGGUAUUUUAUAUGAAGCCAAAUUAAGGGAACAAGAUUAUAAAUUGAAAAUAACGCAAACUAAACAUUAACUUAAAAAUAAGCAGCUUCACUUCUUUUUUCAGUUGACUUAAGCCACUGACUAAUACAGUGAAUAAAUUGCAAAAGUUAUGUAGGUGUAAUUUGGAAUGUGGAACAAUGUAGAUUUAGUGAGUUAGGCAAGUGGGCAUCCAGAAGAUCAUAUUACAACGUGAGGAUGACAGGUGACCCUUUGUGGAUGCCUUUUCAGUGGACCUCCUAUUGAGCACCAUUUCCUGGGGAUUGAUUGAGCAGAGAAACAAGUGUAGCGUAGGGGUAUAAACUUGUAAGAAAAAGGAAGAAUCUGGUUUCAUGAUGAAAUUACUAAUAGCCUUUGUGCAAACUGCUGCCUUAGGAAUGGGAGUUUUGGAUAACCAGACAAGACCUUAUCUCCGAUAUGGGGUAAACGCUGAUUGUAAGUUUUUUUAAAAAAUUGUCUUGGGAACUGGACUAGGGAAGUACGAAGAAGUCUGCCUCCCACUUGGAUCCGAUUGCCAAACCAGGAAUUUUUCCUGAAAUAUGUUCAAAAGCACUUGAAAAUGGAGCUAAACAGAUCUGUCAAUGCAACACGUUUGUGUGUGAGGAAGUAUGCACUUUGUGUUUUGUACUGUCAAUAUAUUGGCUAACAAUGUAUUCCUUUGUAGAAAU